AUGGACAAAUCUCAUGUUCGGGCCACUAUACUUUGCUCCAAAGCAGGUGGUUUGCAGAUGAGAAUUCGCAGCGGUGGACACGAUUACGAUGGUCUUUCUUAUGUUUCGGACGUUCCCUUUGUUUUACUCGACAUGUUUAAUCUUCGAUCUAUUGAUAUAGACUUGAAAGAUGAGAGUGCAUGGGUUCAAUCUGGCGCGACUGUUGGAGAACUUUAUUAUCGAAUUGCAGAAAAGAGUAAUGUCCGUGGAUUUCCAGCAGGAAUAUGCCCUACUCUUGGGGUUGGUGGACAUUUUUCAGGAGGUGGAUAUGGGAAUAUGAUGAGGAAAUACGGGUUAUCGGUUGAUAAUGUUGUCGAUGCUGAAGUAGUUGAUGUGAAUGGAAAUGUUUUAGACAGGAAAGGGAUGGGAGAAGAUCUGUUUUGGGCAAUCAGAGGUGGGGGAGCUGCAAGUUUUUGUGUUGUUCUUUCAUGGAAGAUCAAACUGGUUCCGGUACCGGAAAAGGUUACAGUUUUUCAAGUGGAGAAGACAAUGGAGGAAGGAGCUGUUGACCUAGUUGUGAAAUGGCAAGAAGUUGCAGACAAACUCGACGAAAAUCUCUUCAUCAGACUGAUGCUGAGUCCUACGAAAAUCAGUACCAAGAACAGUGUAAAAGCAUCUUUUGUUGCCAUGUUCCUUGGCCAAUCUAAUAGUCUUCUGUCUCUGAUGAAUCAUAGCUUUCCUGAAUUAGGGUUACAGCAGAAAGACUGUAUUGAAAUGAAGUGGAUUGAAUCCGUCCCCUUUUGGACUGGUUCUCCGAACGGAACGCAAAUAGAUGAUUUGCUCAUCCGAGAAUCAAAACGACCAGUUUUUCUAAAAAGAAAAUCUGAUUAUGUUCAAAAACCAAUCUCCAAAGCAGCCAUCGAAUCAAUCUUUAAGGCAAUAAUUGAGUCAGAAUAUGUAGGGAUGUUAUGGAAUCCUUACGGAGGAAAAAUGAGCGAAAUCUCGGAGUCAGAAACUCCAUUUCCUCAUAGAGCAGGAAACAAAUUCAAGAUUCAGUAUUCUGUGAACUGGAACGAAGAAGGCAACGACAUCGUUAACAAGUACUUGGAUCGAACAAGAAGGCUUUUUGGCGCGAUGACUCCUUUUGUUUCCAAGAACCCUAGAGAGGCAUUCCUCAACUAUCGUGACAUCGACAUUGGCGGAAACCUAAAUGGAACAUAUGAUGAAGGAAAAGUUUAUGGGAUUAAGUAUUUUAAAAAUAACUUUGAUAGGCUAGUACAGGUGAAGAACAAGGUUGAUCCUGAGAAUUUCUUCAGAUAUGAACAAAGCAUUCCAACUAAGAACAAGGCUUAG